GGUGACACUGAGGUGACAGUGACACUGUCCCCACAGGCGGUGGCCGAGCUGGGCUGGUCAGUCCCCACGGCCAUCCAGGCCCGGGCCAUCCCGCUGGCCAUGGAGGGCCGGGAUCUGCUGGCCCAGGCCAGGACGGGCUCCGGGAAGACGGGAGCGUACGGAUUGCCCGUGCUGCACAAAGUGCUGGCCAUCAAACAGGUUCCGUCGGCGGAGCUGGCACGGCAGGUGGGGCACGCCCUGCGGGGCCUGGCCGCCUUCUGCGGCCGCCAGCUGCGCGUGGCCGAGCUCUGCGGCCACUCGGACCUCGCUGAGCAGCGGCCGGUGCUGAUGGAGCAGCCGGACAUCGUGGUGGGCACUCCCGGCCGUGUCCUGGCUCACGUGGCCGGGCAGGCUCUGGCCCUGCGGCCGUCCCUGGAGGUUCUGGUGCUGGACGAGGCGGAUCUGCUGCUCUCCUUCGGCUUCGGCGACGACAUCAAGGCCCUGCUCUGCCACCUGCCCAAGAUCUACCAGACCCUGCUGGUGUCGGCCACCCUCAACCCCGAGCUGGAGGCGCUGCAGGAGCUGGUGCUGCACAACCCC